UUUCCCCAUCUCCUUGCACAAGUUCUAAUAGGAAUCAGACCCGAAGUGUUCACAUUCGAUCAGUCCAAUGGAAAAUCACGACUUGGGGCGAUUCGUAGAGGAAACGUCGCUCUACAAUCGCCUCAUUUUAGGGAGUUUAUUGCCGGGCGGAGUGUGGGAACCGCUCCCUCACUUCUUACAGACGUGGCUCCGGAACUAUGUCAUGGAAUCCCUUAUCUACCUCGUCUCCGGUUUCCUCUGGUGCUUCUACAUCUACUAUUUGUACCCCAAUGCCUUUCUUCCCAAAGGUACAUGUCUUUUUCUACGGACAUUUAUGCUUAAGAAGAAGGAAAAAAGAGAGUCCUUUCUGAUGUACAUAAGAGUCCUUGUGUUAUUAAUUCUGUACCUAACAAUUGAAGACAUGAUGAGCACUACUCUUGUUGCAGAUGCAAUCCCUUCAAGAAAGGCUAUGCUAUUGCAGAUAUCCGUCACGAUGAAGGCCAUGCCAUGGUACACUCUUCUCCCCACGGUCUCCGAGUACAUGAUUGAAAAUGGCUGGACAAGGUGUUAUCCGGGCAUAAGCGAUGUCGGUUGGGUUACCUAUCUCGCGUACGUCGCGAUUUAUCUUGCGAUUGUGGAGUUCGGGGUUUACUGGAUGCACAGGGGACUCCAUGACAUAAAGCCUCUGUACAAGUAUCUUCACGCUACGCAUCAUAUCUAUAACAAGGAAAAUACUCUCUCUCCGUGGGCUGGUAUGGCACUCAAUCCCUUGGACGGGUUACUGCAGGCAUCGCCGCACCUCAUACCGAUCUUUUUAAUUCCAACGCAUUUCAGAACGCAUCUGGUCCUCUUAUUCAUGGAGGGCGUAUGGGCCACCAACCUUCACGACUGCAUCAACGUGAAGCUCUGGCCUGUAAUGGGUGCUGGCUACCAUACGAUCCACCACAUCACGUACCGCCACAACUAUGGGAAUUACACGAUAUGGAUGGACUGGGUUUUCGGAACUCUUCGGCCCCCUGUCGAUGAUGGGAAAAAGGAAAUUUGAAGCCUGUGUUUUGGUGUUUUUACUCUUUUAGUGGUUGGAUUUGUUAAGCUGCUGUUGAAGUAGGACUCGGUUUCAUGUUUGAGUUUGUGAUUUUGUUUGGUUUGGUUUGGGAGGCUUUGCAUUCCUCACCUAUCUAUCUAUCUAUCGGUGUAAUAUAAUAGCGAGCCAGUGAAGGUAAAGAAGUGGCUCAACAAAAAAGAAGAAGUGAAUUUUCU